AUUUUUCAAACUGUACGUUGCGUUUGCAAGUUAUGCCUAUAAUUGUCACCAAGCUUUCAUAAUAUUUAUUCUCAAUCAACUUCCUCAUCUUUGACAUGUGAUACUUCAAAAAUAUUUCAUAUUUAGUCAACUGUCAGUGCUUUGUAGCAAGAUUACUUUCGAUUCACUUGUGUGAUUUAAAUCUCUAGACAGCAUGUACACUUGUAGUAUUUUUUCCCCACUUAUGGUGUCAUUUGCGUCUCUAAAGGUCAUCACUUGACUUGUGGUUGUGAUUUAUCUGUUGUGUGAAGAGUUGAUUUUUUCGGAUGAUUCAUUUCGUCGUGCGAUUAUUGGUGAAUAAUGAUCGGAUGGAGAAUAAUAUUCGCAAUGUUGCUGCGAAGAAUGUUCUUUUUAAGGAAUCCGAAAUUCCCCUCUUUAAGAUGUAUGUGGCUCUAUCGCUCUUGAAGUCGUUGUUCAUGUAUAAAGUUUUCUUUUCUACUGUAUUUAUUUGUUUUUGGCGUUUUCGGCCUGAUGUUCUUAUCAAUGAAUAUCGAAGGAUACCCGUUUUUGAUGAGUAUCUCCUUUAAGAGGCCCAAAUUUUCAUCUACGACUUCGGGGCUAUAGAUUCUUUGUAUUCCUAUAGUGAGUGCUAUUACUAAGUUUCUUUAUCGGCUGAUUCGGACCCAGCUGUGGAAACAUGAUAGUUGGCCAUUCCACAUGGGUUUCCAUUAGAUAGAUCUUUUUAAAGUACCGUCUUGCUUUCUUGUCGUUUCCACAUCAAGAAAGUGAAUCUUUUGUUUGUUUUCAACUUCAAGUGUGAAUUUUAUUGAAGGGUGACAAUUUAGCUGCUCUUGUGGAGCUAGGUAUAUAAGUCGUUCGAUGCGUUUUUUAUCCAAAAGAAUUCAAUAACAUUGUCUGGCGUGGCUAAAAAGAGGAGGCAACGGCUCAAUAAGAAGUUCUAUAAUCGAACACCUUGUGAACAUAGAUCACUCAACCAAGACAGACUCAAAGUCAUCUACAAGGUAAGUAGAAGUCUUCCGAAGACAAUUAGACUACAUCUUCUUUGCAUUGCCGAAGCAAUAGCCACACAUCUGGAAAACCAUAAUUGUGUGUGCAAAAGAGACGAGUACAACCUCUUCUUCUACCAUGGUCUUAAUGUAUUAAAAUUUCUCUUUUUCAUACUCUUGUUCCUUUACAACCAUCUGCUUCACCUUCCAUCUUCCCCUUAAAUCUCUUACCGCAACUGAUUUGUUUUUAUUUCCACGAUCAUUCCGACUACAAUUCAUCUCUAUUUCAACUUUUUAUUUAAUCAUGCUGAGCCAUCCUUUCCCAAUGAUAAUUUCCUUAUCUAUUUUUUGAUGGAUACUUAAGCUAUUAACAACCAAACGAUUAUUAAACUUUACUUGUUUCGAAAAAUUUUAAUACCUUUGUUUAUUUAAAUUCCAAUUAGUUUACACAUAUUAUUUCCGAAAUUUCCUAGAAAGUGUUCCGGGUAGUUGUAUCAAUCGAGCGAGGUUUAGUUUUUGGACGAAUCGUAAUUGAAACUUGAUCUCUUUUUCAACAAGCAAAAUCAAUGACAUUUCCAAUUUGUACAGAAAGUAAUCACGCUCCAUUUAAAGAUCAAAUUGACGAUGAGACCGUAAUGUUUGAUCUGGACAUGAGCGUGGAUACUUUGCCUGAUACACCCCUAAAGAAUGAUGAUGGUGACUCGGACACACAAAAGACUCGGGUAAUGCUUUUAUAAUAUUUUAAUAGAUUGUAUUCAGACGAAUCAGUCCAGUAAUUCUCUUUCUGCCACUCCUUCAAGACGUGAAAGCAAAAUGAAGUCAGAUAUGUCUCGUUCUACUUCCAUCUCAGGACUUACUGAUAAUGUUAACUUGGAGGACAUUUACGAGUACGACUGGGCUGAUAGUGAUUCUGAAUCACCUUGUGGGAAACAUGAGAAGGAGUCAUACAUAGUUCAAGAAGUCCUUGCUGACUUUUUAAAGGUUAAAUCUUUUAAACGCAAGUACCCUGAUCUAGCUAGACGCGCUAUGGAUGCUUAUGAACGAUCGUGGUUGCAACAAGAGGGGAUUGUUCCUGUUGGUCGUGCAGACCUUGGUCUCACGGCACUCAAAACUGAUGAUGUUAUGAAGCUUUUGCAACAGGAUUACCCAGAGAUACACAUUGCUCUAACAGAUUUGUUUCGUCGACGAAAAUUUAAAACGGCUGUCGAGAAUCAAAAGCGUCAGUAUGAAGCUGCUCGUAUUGAACGUGGAGAGGCUCGAGCUGAAGCAGCUCGCAGACGAGCGUUAGAUUCUGCUGCCGAUUACAAUCAUCGCUUGAUUACCGAACGUAUGAGUUCAAGACGUUGUUAUUGGGAUUUACAGACAAUGCAGAUUCACAUUCCCCAGAGAAUUUAUAAGUUAUUAGAAUAUCCAACUUUUCCCAAUGGUGCAUAUCCUGUGGCAGUCAUACCUGGACAGUUUGCAGAACAUUUUAUAAGCUAUACUCCUGAACAGUUAUCAUACCUUCCAUUAUCACGUGUUUUAUAUCCGCAUCCACUACGAAAACAUAGAAAUCCACCUCCUCUUCCCACAACACUUCGAUUUGGUUCGAUUAAGCCGAAAGUCAAUCCACCUACUAUGACCUCUUGUGAUCUUGGUGAUCAAAAUUCAUUUGGUUUAGACCAUUCUAGAUCUAUUGACUCUUUAAACCAUCAAACCACAAGCUCAAUGGAAGGUCUUCGGACUAGAUAUACAAACGGAUCAUUAUUAUCAAGUGGCGUUACUAAUUCAAACAUGUUAGUUGGUGAUAAAUCAUUAGUUUCUGAUGUAGAAACAGAUAAAACCAGUAAUUCAAUCUAUCGACGAUUUAAAACAAAUACAGAAAUAAAUACAGAAAAUCCUAUAUGUGUUGUAUGUGGUCAAUUAGCUAUGAAUUAUAUACGUUGUUCUGAGUGUAAAUUAAUUGGUCAUCCAAAAUGUUUAGAUAUACCUGAUUCUAUGCUAUCAGGUGUGAAAAGCUAUGAUUGGACAUGUUUAGAGUGUAAACGGUGUGUGGAAUGUAAUGACUCAGGUCAAGAAGAUCAAAUGAUGUUUUGCGAUCGUUGUGAUAGGGGUUAUCAUGCAUUUUGUGUUGGUUUAGGACGAAUUCCUAAUGGAAAUUGGGAAUGUUUAUUAUGUGAAUCAUUGCCAACUCCGCCUAGGAAAGGACGUCCUAGGAAAAAUAGACCUAAAGAUUCCGAUGAUUUACCAUGGGGUUAUAGCAUAAAGAAACCACGUAAAUCAAUAUUGAAGCGGAAAAUUUGUCAAACACCAGGUGUUAAUGAUAUUAAAGACACAUCUUUAGCACAUAGUUCUAAUCCAUACGGUAGCAUUCAACCAAGAGUCCCUGGUGCUGAAGUAGUACCUAAACGACGUCGAGGCCGUCCUCCGACAAAAAAUCGCAUUAUUGUACCUCUUCCACCCCCAUCUUCUCCUUAUUUUUCGAAUCCAACCAAUUUUAGUCCUACUCGUUCAGAUGUUUCUAUACCCCUACCAACCUCUCCACCUACACCAUUAUCGAUCAAAGUGUCUAUGAUUGGAAGUGAACCUUCAGGACUAUGUCCAGUUAAUGCUAUUCCAACUAAAAUAGAAUCCUUUGUUGCGGAAAAAGUUGAUAUUUCCGAAAAGUUUGAACAUUUAGAACCGAAUAAUAGUAAUAGUACAGUCGACCAAACUGAAAAUGACAUUGUGAAACAUGUUAAUGAAAUGAAGAUUCCUUCUUCAACAAUUUCUUCUGAAUCAAAUAAUAUUGAAAACUGAUUAAUCAUUUAAACUGUUAGACAUCUUUUACCCUCCAAACUUUGUAUAUUUAUCCAUUGUACUUUAAAUUCCCUAGUUUCAUUUUUAAUAACUAGUGUUAGUUAUCUUCCUUUCUAUGUAUUUGUAAUAAUGAAAUUUAUAUUCUAUAUUUCAAAUAUAGUUAAAUUUUU